AUGGCGGUCCGGUGCGUGGGGCUGGCGCGGCGCGCUCUCCCGGCCCUGGCGCGGCCUCUCAGGUCUGCCCCUCGGCCACUGUGCACUGCCGCCAAGCAAAAGAAUGGCCAGAAUUUGGACGAGGACUCGGGGCCAAGUGGACAGAAGGCUGACCCCCCCUCCCCAGAGAAGGCACUCUUGGAAGAGAAGGUGAAACUGGAGGGACAGCUGAAGGAGACCAUGGAAAAAUACAAGCGUGCUUUGGCAGACACUGAGAACUUGCGGCAAAGAAGUCAGAAAUUAGUGGAAGAGGCAAAAUUAUAUGGCAUCCAGGGCUUCUGCAAGGACUUGCUGGAGGUCGCAGACAUCCUGGAGAAGGCCACGCAGAGCGUUCCUCAAGACCAGGUCCGCGAGGACAACCCCCACCUCAAGAGCCUGUACGAGGGCCUGGUCAUGACGGAGGUCCAGAUCCAGAAGGUCUUCACCAAGCACGGCCUGCUCAGGCUGGACCCUGUCGGGGCCAAGUUCGACCCCUACGAACACGAGGCCCUGUUCCAUGCUCCGGUGGAGGGCAAGGAGCCGGGCACGGUGGCGCUGGUCAGCAAGGUGGGCUACAAGCUGCAUGGCCGCACGCUGCGGCCCGCUCUGGUCGGCGUGGUCAAGGAGGCAUAGGUGCCGGGUGAGGCUACCUGGUGCAGUCACUGCGGGGACUGGCCUGCCUGCCAUCUCUGCUCCCACUGCUCGGGACUCCCGGCCUGCCUGGGGUCCACAAGCAGCCGGCAGCCACAGAGGCACACGUUGUUGCCCAAUGGUGUUGACUGCCAGGUCUGCCCCUGGGUUUUCAGUUUUUUAUUCCUAGAUCCCUGUUCUUGGGGGACCCGGGGGACAUUGCAGGGCCGAUAGGGUGUCAUGGAUCACACGGUCUGCUCAAGCUGGUGUCACGAGGCUUUUAAACCAAUAAAGCAUCUUUAGGACCUGG